AUGAAAUUAAUAGGAAUUGUAGAUUCGACGGCACAGGACAUUGGCCGCGAGUCGCCGCCGCCAGCGCGGAAUGCUGUGGAGGAAAGUGAUCGCGAUUGGCAGUAUCAUCCUAGCAAACAAAAAGAGGACACUGUAGCAUACGAGAUGGAACGUGCGGAUACGGGCUUUCAAACGCCUCGACGUGUUUCCAGCGCAAAGCGCACCUCGAUAUGCCCGAACACGGCCUGUGUCACCGAAAUAAAGGCGCGUAAAUGGUUUCCAUUUACAUUCGUUGGCUCCAUCCUUUGGAUCGCUUUCUAUUCUUAUCUUAUGGUCUGGAUGGCCAACACGAUCGGCGAAACGAUGGCUAUACCCACUGAGAUAAUUGGGUUAACAAUAUUGGCUGCUGGGACGAGCAUACCCGACUUGAUUACAAGGUUUGCUCCAAUUAAUUUUUCCUAA